GGUCGGAGUCCGAGUUGCGAGGGAGCGUCCAAUUCAGGAGGUGACAAGGGAAUUGGAAACUGGAGAAAUGGGACGCACCCACGAUUCGCGCCAAGAGCCCGAGUGCCCGCCCACUUGCUCAUGUGACCAGAAGAAGGAGCGUUGCUACGAGCUUCGCGUUUCGGUCCUCAAUACUGCCGCGACUCGACGUUUUGCCUCGGCCAAGUAGACUGCAACGUUAACUGUGGUACAAACAAAAACUUGUCGUCCCCUGAACGCGAAGAGGGUGAAACCACGUCUCAAGUCCAUUCAUCGAAUUCAGGCGACUUCCAACACAUAACCGCACGGUCUCGUUUGAUGCUGCGCCUACGGGACCCGAGGCCGCGUGGGGCGUAACGGUCACGGAUUGAAGUGUGAAAACAAAAAGCCCACGUUCAAAGCGGGGAGACCGAAAGUGUCUUCAGAGGAACCAUGGCUAGUCACGUUGAAGACAAUCUCCGCUGUCCGACCUGUUGCGAGAUGUUUAAAGAUCCCGUCAUGCUGCCGUGUAGUCACAGCUUCUGUCGCUCGUGUGUGGAGCAGUGCUGGGAGGAGAAAGGCGUUCAAUAUUGUCCAGUCUGUAGGAAAAGGUGUCGAUUGAUCGAUGUACCUUCAAACUUGGCACUGAAGAAUGUGUGCGAGGCCUAUUCACAAGCCUUUGCGGAGUCAGAGGACAUCUGCAAGUUGCACAAGGAGAAACUGAAACUCUUCUGCUUGGACCACCAGGAGUCUGUGUGCAUCAUCUGCAAAGAGUCAAACAUCCACUCUGGCCACAAGUUCAGUCCCCUCGAUGAAGCGACGCAAGGUCACAGAGAGAAACUCCAUCAAGACCUGCAGAACGUUAAGAUAAGACUGGAAGAGUAUAGUAAGAUUAGAGAACACUACAGUGAACACGCAGUGUACAUCAAGGUCCAGCGGGACCAGGUUGAACUCAAGAUUAAGAAGAAUUUUGAGGAGCUUCAUUCCUUCCUGCAGGUUGAGGAGAUGGCCAGAUUGUGUGCUGUGAGGGUUGAAGAGCAGAAGAAGAGUAAGCUGAUAAGGGAGAGGAUCGAGGCUCUCAGCAGAGACCUGGCCGUGCUCUCAGAUGUGAUUAGAACUACAGAGGAGCAGCUGACAUCUGACCACGUUUUCUUCAUGAAGAACUACAAGGUUGCAAACAUCAAAAUCCAAGAGCUGCCCAAGGAGCACAAGGUGAUGCAAGAAGCUCUGCUGAACGAAGUCCAACAUGUGGGCAAUCUCAAGUUCACCGUGUGGGAGCGAAUGAAGGAGAAGGUCUCCUACAGUUCCGUGAUUCUGGACCCAAACACGGCCGGUCCAGAACUCAGUCUGUCAGAAGAUCUGACUAGUGUGAGUUUUAAAGUUGGACAGCAGCGUCCAAAGAAUCCAGAGAGGUUUAAGUGGAACGGUGUGCGCAGUUCUGCCUUGGCCCCUGGAACGCACUCCUGGGAUGUUGAUGUGGGAGACAACACUAACUGGGAACUUGGGUUAGCGUGGGAGGACUCUGGCUUGCCAGGUAUCAUGCACAUAUCCAGCAUUGGAUUUCGCGAUGAUAAAUACAGAAUGUUUUCGCAAUCAUAUGGUUCCUGGAAGCCGCCGGUGAAACUUAAGAGAAUCCGAGUUCACGUGGACACGAAAGAAAAAUCGCUUUCAUUCUCUGAAUCGCUCACAAACACGACAUUAUACACCGCGAAGAACGCCUCCUAUUUGUCACACUUUUUUGGUAACAGUCGAAUGUAUCCUUUCUUUUACACGAGGGAUAAAAGUCCUCUGAAAGUAAUACCACUCACACCUCAUUUUAUAUUCGGGCAUAGUCUCAGUCAUGUGAGACAUUUUUCUCCCACAGUUGUUUUACACAGAGCAACGCUCGGUAAAUAAAAGUUGAAAGAUUGUCAUUGUGUGCGCGCGCAAUGGUCACCGCUAGGUGUCACUCAAAUAAUUGUACUUUGUGCUUUUAUCUGCUGUGUCAUCAAAUACAAAGAAUACUUGAAGUACAUUUGAAAUAAAAGAUUUGUAGUUC